UUUUGCAUUUCUCACUCAUUUUCAAAAACAAUCAACGGCUUUGUCUUUAUUAUCACUUCACUACACAGCAUCAAAACGAGGUCAUCAAAACGAUAAUUUUUUUUGGGUUUUUAUGUGAGAGUCAACGCUGAGUCAGUAUGGAAUCCACAAUGAAUCAGUACGGAAUCAAUGCUGAGUCAGUGCGGAAUCCACGAUGAAUCAGUAUAAAGUCGACACUAUAUAUCUACGGAAUCACCACGGAAUUAGUACGGAAUCACCACGGAAUCUGUACAGAAUCACCACGGAAUCAACACGGAGUCACUAUGGAAACAACACGGAUUGCAUACAGAUUUACAAUUGAAGUGUUUUAGAGUGGAGAAUCAUUCCUAACUGAACAUUCUAAUAAAACAUAAUAAAACAUUCUAAUAGAACAUUCUAACGACCUGAGAAAAAUGUCAAGAUAUUUCGGAAAAUGGAGGCUGAAGACCAACGUCUCAAAAACAGUUUCAUGCGUCUUCCACUUGAACAACCAACAAGCUACACGUCAACUGAAAUUGAGAAUGAACGGUCGAAAGAUUAAGCACGAGAAACAUCCGAAAUACCUCGGCGUUAUUUUGGACCGCAGUCUCACAUACCGUCCGCACUUGGUUGAUUCCGCUAAUAGACUAAAACCAAGGAUUCACUUAGUCCAAAAGCUCGCCGGAUCGAACUGGGGUUGUUCAGGAAAAACGCUGCGAAUCACAACGCAGGCAAUGGUAAAGUCAGUGGCCAGCUAUUGCGCGCCCGUUUGGAUGCAUAGCUGCCAUGUUAAAAAAGUUGACACACAAAUCAACUCCGCUUUGAGAAUCAUAUGUGGUGCGGUACAACCAACCGAGCUUGAAUGGCUAUACGUACUCAGCAACAUCACCCCCGCCCACAUAUCGAGAGAGGAAGCCGCCAUCAAAGAGUGCAAAAAAAUUGCCAACGACCCAGACCUGCCGAUCUACAAAGAUAUCGAUACAGCGCCAGACACCCUACGACUGCGGUCCCGUAAGCCAAUUUGGUGCUUCUACAGAAAGGUGGAAAACAUGGACCUGUUAAAGGACAGAUGGAAAGCCUGGUGGCAAGAGACCUCGGUCUACAACAAAGACCUAAUUCAGGACCCCACCGAAGAGGUGAAAGGGAUGGAUCUACCACGUCGCACUUGGAAGAGACUCAACCGCAUACGCACUGGACAGGGAUGUUGUGCCUCACUCCUACACAAAUGGAAAGUGAUAGACUCUCCACUCUGUCAAUGCGGUCAAAUACAGACGAUAGACCACAUCGUGAGUGCCUGCGCGCUUCAUAAAUUUAGUGGGACACUAUUGGAGAUUCACCAGGCAACCGACGAUGCAGUUGACUGGCUGCGUGAUUUAGCCAUCGACCUGUGAAUUUGAGUCAUUGUCGGCGAGUUUCUUAAGAGUCAGUGUGCUAUUCAACGUUUUGUUAGUCGUUUGUGAUCAAAUCUAGUCAAUGUUUUUUGUUCUAUUGUAUAUUUCUUUCGUGUUUUUUAGUCAUUUGAAUAAAUAA